GCAGCGUGGCGCUGCCAUGUUGUUGUUUUAUCCUCAGCGCAGAGUUUCCAGCUGCUGUCGGUGUCUGCGGACACGGUGGGCACUUUUUCAGGGAGACGCGCUCCUCUACGGAUAUUGCCUGGAGAACAGCUAAACAUCGAGUCACCGCAAAAGUUACCGCACCCAGGAGCUACCGUCGGCAGGCGAGGUGAAGAUGGUAGACCGGCUUGCUAACAGCGAGGCCAACUCUAAGCGGAUCGGAUUGGUGGAGAGUUGCUUUGGCGCCGCGGGCCAGCCCCUCGCCAUUCCCGGUCGCGUGCUAAUCGGAGAGGGCGUCCUCACCAAACUCUGCCGCAAGAAGCCCAAAGCCCGCCAGUUCUUCCUCUUCAACGAUAUCCUGGUCUACGGCAACAUUGUUAUCCAAAAGAAGAAGUACAACAAGCAGCACAUCAUCCCUCUAGAGGGCGUCACCAUCGACACAGUGCCUGACGAAGGCGAGCUACGGAAUGGCUGGCUAAUCAAGACCCCCACCAAGUCCUUCGCCGUCUAUGCCGCCACCGCCACGGAGAAGUCAGAAUGGAUGAACCACAUCGGGAAAUGUGUGAGAGAGCUGCUGCAGAAGAGUGGAAAAUCCCCGACGGGCGAGCACGCCGCCGUCUGGGUGCCUGACUCCGAGGCCACCGUGUGCAUGCGCUGCAAGAAGAUGAAGUUCACGCCCGUCAGCCGGCGCCACCACUGCAGGAAGUGCGGCUAUGUGGUUUGUGGGCCUUGCUCAGAGAAGAAGUUCCUGCUGCCCAGCCAGUCGUCCAAGCCGGUGCGUGUGUGCGAGCAUUGCUACGGGAUGCUGUCGGGAAGUCUCGGGCCCCGCUCGGAGUCUAUGAGCCGGCCGGGCGCCAACUUCAACAACAACACCCUAUCGGACGAUGACGACGAUGACGACAGCAGUGACUGAGGAACGGCCAAACCUCCACAGGACUCAUCUUGUCUCGUCACUGAGGAGAAUAUACUCUUCCUCUCAAGAUAUCAACUAAUUAUUUUCUUAUUUCUCUUGUUUCCAUCAUUGAAUCUUGAUCCAAGAAGAGGAUUUUUUGUUUUUUGUUUUUCAGGAUUCCUUUCUAUGAACCUAAAUGAUGGAUUUCAUCCAGAAAAAAUUACAUUUCUGAAACAGUAAAUCAUCAGGAAAACCUGGAACUAACUGGGUGACCAGCAGAACUCUGGGAUUAAGUCAGACUGUGCAUCACAGCUUCACCUUGUUCUCAAGCUUCCUAAUUCGGCUAAUUCACUACAAAACAACGGUGCUAACGAGAUAUUCCGCCUGCACUGUCCCCUCAACUUAAUUUCUCCUGAAUAGUUUCUGUUGCACAUUUUUAUUUCCUUUCUACAACUUAAACUAAGGUGAUAAUUAGCAGGAAAUGGAGCGUCUUACACCCCUAACGCUUCUGUCAGUCUUUCUUCUAACAGAUUAUGGAGAUUUUCAGUUUUUUUAAUCUGAUAAAAUGCAGAUGUCACGCUAAAUGUAGAGAUUUUCUAGUUGAACUAAUGCAGUUGCUUCUGACAAAUCAGCUGAAGUCCCCAAAACUAACCCUAGCCUCCGCCUGUACGUCACAUAGUGCCUUCUAGCAAACUGAGCUUAUGCAUAAAUGAAACAAAGCUGCAAAAAAAAAGUAAAACAGGGAUUCCAGGGUGGGUCAACUCCUGAACACCAGACAAAUUAUCAAAGGAAGUGUGUUGUGAUUGGUCAGGAUCUGGCACAGUGCCUUGUUAAUCAGAUAAUGGAUAGGAGAAUUAUGCAGACAGUCCUCAGGUUUUCCAGACAGAAAACUCAGUGAAAUGUUGCAUAAAUCAGAUUUUGGCCUGAAUAUUUCCCUGCUUCUUUGCGGUUCUAGUUGGUUCCCGUAUCCUCGGUUGUUGGUUGCAUGAUUUCUGAGUUGCAAUCAGCCUCCUGAAACUCACCCGCCUGGGAAUUCCUGGAAUUUGGACCUAGUGUUACCUCAUGGGUGGAGUUCUAUGGAAAACAAAAGGAGAACAUGGAGAUGACUGCAGAUUUUACUUAGCUGGCAAAUUGCUUUUCGGGAAUUAAUGUUCAAGUUUCUUUUGCACCUGGAUGGAUUUUCUUUUUCUUUUUGUGUUUUGAUUAGAAAGGCAUGGAACAGAUUUAGUCUGAUUUCUGCUUAGAGUGAGAAAAACCUAAUAGUGACCUGAGAUGUGUUUAAUUUAGUGCUCUAAAGAGAAUUAACCCCUUCUGUUUGUGUAGUCUGUUUACUUUAAUUAAUGAAUGGAAACUAGUAGCUUGCAAUAAUCAGGAAGGGUAUUUUUUCCUGCUUACAUAUGCAAUUCCUCUGUGAUCUGAGGUGUUCUGGAAUGAAAGUCAGGAAAUCAGUGCAGCGUCUUCCUGCCUGUCUCUCCUCCCUCUGCUGAUCCGAGGUCAGAUGAGUCAGAAAACAAACAGCCGUCCUCUGAACUCUGCUUCCUUCCCCUCGGUCGCACCGCUCUGACUUUCCAAGGAGCGGCCAGAGUCACACGGCGCCGUCAUGUGAUCAGGGACCGAACCUGGAAGUGAAAGCAGGCUGGGUGGAACCAGGACUACCUGUUCCAGCCUGCACAAGCGUUCAUGUCGUUAGUUCUCAGAGAGUCUUCUGGAGAGUUUCAUUCCUCUUAACAGGGAAUUUAAAAAAAAGAAAGUAUUUUAUAAAAAAAAUGGAUGCUGAAGCUGAAAAGCAAGCAGGAGACAGAAGAUUUCUUGCUGGAUUUCUGCAAAAAAAAAUGAAUAAAAAUUAACAUUAAAAUGCAAGGUUAACAAAAAUAUCAAAAGCUUCGCUGUUUGCUGCUUCCUAAAUAAUAGUCUUGAAGAUGAUGCAGUGCUUAUUGCAAACAAAUGACAUAAACAUCUGAGUGUCUGCAGGAUAUUCGCUCAGAAAGUGUCACAGGUUGAGGAACACUUUACACGUCCUGACUAAUAAUUAUUUCAGCCAGCUGUGAAGUGAAGCUGCAUCAGCAUCAGCCAACAUCUUUAUAAAUACGUCCUUUCCUAUAGAGUUUAUAAUAUUUGAACAUUUUUGUUUCCUAACUGAGUCAGGAUGAAUAAUUAUACUGUAAUUUGUGUCUUCAACGUUUCCAUCAUUAUUUCUUCUGCCUGCUGUUGGAAUAACACUCAUUUGGGUUAUAAUUAGAAAUGGUUCGGGGGGUAUAAAGUUUUAUUUGCUUUAAAUUCAGAUGAUUAUCUUUUGUUUUAAAUUGAGCAUUAUGUGUUGUUUUUUUUCUUUGUUGUCUAUACUGAGUUGGCAUGAAACACACCGCUUACGGCAACAGAAGGAUAAAAGGGAUUUUCAUAUUUUUGUCUUGUUAUAGAUGUAAUUUUUGUUUUGCUCUGACUAAAUGGCCACCUGUGAUUGGAGGAAUAAGCAGGUGUUGAUCACUAACUAGCUGUGCUUUAUAGUUGCUGUGGCUGAUGUGCUGAAUCCAGAAGCACCGAGUCGGGCCUCAGGUUUGCUGUGGAUUGCACUUAAAUAGCCGACACAUGGACUCUGCUCCUGGAACGUCCUGUCAUUGAGGUUUUUUUGUUCCUGAUGAUUUUUGUACAUGUGUGCAGAUUUGUUUGGGUGUGUUUUAGGUUGUACAGUCCUGAUCAGUACUAGAAUGUGUCUGCGCUCUGCUGUUUUUCUUUCCUCUUCCUUUGAGCUUUUUCAAAAAAAUUUAAAAACACACCAAGUAGGAAUCUUUAUAAUUUAAUCCUCAAUUUACAGCCAGAAUUUGCUAGAUUUUACUGGACCAUAUUCAUGACAUUCAAAGGUUUAAAGGGUUUUAUCCUAACCUGGGCAGUUUGAUCAUCCAAAGUCCAACAGGUUGAUAAAAAUGUUAAAGUUUAUUUGAUGUUGAAGCCUCAGAGUUUAAAAGAAAUUCUUCCUAAAUGAAACAGCAGAGCAAAAAUGCCCAGCAGCAUCCAACUAUUAACUGAGUAACCAGGUUACCUGAGUGCAAACAAACAGGUUAUUUCCCAGUUUACAGUUGAGUGAUUAUGCAACAGAAUAAAAAUCCAGCAGGGGAUCGUCUAAAUGCUUCCUGAUGGCGCACAUUUACAACGCGGUUAAAAUCUCUCCUCUUACUGAUUAUGUAUUAAAGGUUUCUGAUUACAUUUAUGAUGCGUUCUCUCCAUUUUUUUUGUUUUGUUUUAAACGCUGCAGCUUUGAUUAUGACGAUGACGCAUGUACACAAAUGAUCAAGUAACUUGAUUUUCAUUGUUUUGUGGAGGGUUUAUUUUAAAAAAGCUUGGGAUGGGGGCCACCAAGAGGACGGACAAGGUUGUAUAAAUAAACAUUAAACAAGGAUUUUCUGAUA